UAUCACUUGGAAAUAAGGAUACGUACAAUCAAGUAAUCUAUAUAUACUAGCUGAAAUGUUAAUCACGUGUACCGUAUCUCAACAGCCUUGUCAAGCUUGCUUUGUAGUUGCUGCUUAUCAAGCCUGGUUAUUACUUGGUUGUUAAACAUUUUUUCGACUGGUUAUUGGACACUAGUGAGAAAAUGAAUCCUCCCAUUAAACACUCAAAAAAACUAACUAAUUCGUUCUAUACUUCUAGAAAAAAAAAUUCACCACUGAUUGUUGAACGCUUGCGAAACGCUUCAAAAAAACGAAAAAUAAGUUUGGAUCCACCUGAGAUUAUAUGUCUUCUGGAGGAUGAGGAAGAUGUGGAGGAUGUAGAGGAUCUGGAGGAUCUGGAGGAUGAGCAAGUGCUAAAAACUAAUAGAACCGUAAUCCAGUUAAACUCCGAUGAUCUUAAUCUCCAAAACACAGACUCUCGGAGUAACCCAUCUUUUUCCUCUGCUAAAAACUCAAAAUCAGAGCAGAGCACUUUUUCCAAUGAUUUUGAAAGCUCUAUAAAUGGAGAGCAAACCAUCAUUGAUUUAGAUUCUGAUAAUGAGACACCUCAGACAAAUGCCAACGAUAAUGUGAUAAAUCUUGGAUUAAAAACAGCUACUGUCAUUAAACCAUCAAGUUCUCUUGAAACCAAGUUGAUUAAAUCCGAAAACAAGCAUAAAUCGCAUGACAGAUUUCACCAGUCAAUUUUUAUAAAUCUUGCAAAAAAUUCAUCUGAGGAAAAGCCCUUGCAGAAACAGGCAAAAUUCUCCAGGUCUUUCUACUAUCAGGGAACUGGUGAGUCUGUUUCAGCUACAAAUACGGCUGUUUUGAACAUUACGUCUGGAAAUAUAGAGGGACAGCAUUUUACAACAAAUAUUAAAAACCACAACUGUACUAAUAGUUGUGAUGGUCAAACAAAUAAAUCCCAUAACAAUUUCUGUAAUAAUUGUGCUCUUCAGGAUACAAGUUUGCUAGUUAACCCUAACCAAGAUCUUUCCAAAGUUACAAGUGAAAGGAAACCAAAAGUUAAUUCAGGUGGGCGAAAUCUCAUUGAACUCACAAAUAAGGUUCUGUUUGAAGAAAAAACGAAUAGUACUAAUAAUGAUGAUGAAUCAAUUCGGCGGUUUUGUCUUUCAAAUAAGUUUAUUAAUAAAAACUCACAUUUGGCUUUUCUGCGGUCUAUUUAUCCUACACGCUUUAGUGAUUUUUUUGGAAAUGAUCAUCUUGUUCAUCCAGUGUAUGGGUUUUUGCCUUGCUUUGCUACUGGGAAUAUGCUACCCAAAUUACUAAUUUUCUAUGGGGAAGCUAAAAGUGGGAAAACAACAUUGAUCAAUUUUUUUUUGCGCCAACUAUCAUCUCAAAAGUUUUUAAUUAAAUCAUAUAGUUUGGUUGAAGAGAGAAACGUCUCUCAGAUUCGUCGAGAGCUUCGUCAGCUUCUGGACUUAGUUCAAACACUGAAUUAUUUGAAAAAUAAAAGAAUAAUUGUAUUUUUAGAUGAUUUUCAAGAAUUGCUUGGUAUUUCUCGUGAUGGCUUUUUAAAAUUGAUUGAAAAUAAAAAAUUUCUCUUAAUUUUAUGUUUUAAUGCAGAUCCUUUGUUGUUCAUCUCCAAAUAUUACUUAUCAUUUGCUUUUAUUUUAAGAAUUUCAUCUCCGACAGGUGCUGCUUUUUUGGAAUUUUUUAGAAAGAAUCUCAGCAAAAUCACUGACCUCAAAAUUAAAGUGAAACUAAAUAAUAUCCAGAGUAGUGUUAUUGGGUCACCAACUAAAGAUGGAAGUCAACAGUGCUUUAGCAACGAUUCUUUGAAACUAGCAUCCAAAACCUGCGGAGAGCACCUAUCUAUAGCCAUUUUAGUUUUGAACACAAUAUUUCUAAAUUAUGACUUUUUUAUGAAAUGCAAUCAAAACAUCUCAACUGAAAAUAUGAAAACUUUUCUAAGAAAGCAUAAAUCUUAUAUUCUCGACAGUUGCUACCGAAAAGAUAUCAUUACCUUAGAUUUACAAUCAGCACUCGAGAAUGCGAUUUUUAGUGAUAAUAAAAAUUUAAGCAUAUAUUAUUUCUACAAAUUGUUAGAUUUAAAUGUCCAACCUUUGACCAUUGCUGGGAACUUGAUUAAAUUUGCUGGUAAGAGAUUUUUACUGAUUCCUCGUAAAAAUAGGUUUAGUGAUAAUUCUGAAGAUCAGCUAUUUAUGGAACUUUUAGACAAAAAACAACCUACAGAACUGAUGGAUGUUUCAACACAGCAGUCUCCCAUAAAGCACAAUUUUGGCUUAAAUGACAAGGUUGAAAAUCCUUGGGGACUUGUGCAAUCCGAUCCCAGAGAAUAUUCAGCUUUGACAGCAUCAGUGGCUGCUUAUGAUUCCUUUGAAAAUCUUGGAAUGGAUGAAGGAUUGCUUUCUAUAAUACACGGGAUUUAUAUAAUGAGUGAAGUUGAGGAUAGAACAGAGUGUCUUCCUAAUUUAUAUCAAAAGAUAUCAAAUUUGGAACUAUUUUCAGCAGAAAACUCGGGUUUGUUGGACGCUGUAGAAAAUAACAUCAACGAUAUUGUUGUGAACAAUAUCAAAAAUAGGUCUGAGUCAUUGAUAGCGUAUGAAAAGUGCUUUGAGGAGUUUGAUCGUUAUUUUACUAAUCUAUAGGUAAUUGAGCAGAGUGAGUGAGUUACACAACUCACUCUGAGUUUCGUAUCUUUCUUUCUGUUUCUCAGUAACUUGGGUUUGCUUGGGGUCAAUUUGGGGAUAGCGCCUAACACGGAGAAGGCAAAACUGAAUCUCCAAAAAUCCAGCGUCUUGAGAAACAGAGAACACACCACCACACAAAAGAAAGUGCUGUGCUUGCUGUCUCCAAUGGAUUUUUCUGGUUUAUUGCAACAAUUGGA